ACGUGUUUUAAAAAAGACAAUCAUGUUUUAUUAGGUGUGAGACAUUCAACGUGUGAUCGCCAUAAGGGAAUACAUCGAAAUGACCACUGGACGUUAAUCAAAUACUAGUAACAAUCAAUCAAAAUGGCUACCAGCCCUCAGGAUUUUAAAUAUCCGAUUGAUCAUCUCGAAAGAUGUGGGUUAUGUCUAAAAACCUUUCGGGAACCAAGAAUGUUACCAUGUUUUGAUAGUUUCUGCAAGGAUUGUAUAGCGGUCUACAUGGAUGCCAAACGAACAGGACACACGUUCCCUUGCCCAUUGUGUACGGAAUCUAUAGAUAUUCCAGAAAAAGGCGCCAACGGAUUUGACACAAAUAUCCACGUGGCAGCCACGCGAGCUGUUUCUGCUGUUUUUCAAAGACCAGACUGUGAUAUUUGCGAGACAAAAGAUCCAGCAGUGAACAGAUGCGUUGAAUGCGCACAAAACAUGUGUCAAGGAUGCAGUAAAAAUCAUCUUAAAAUCAAAUCAACGAGAAGUCAUCAUCUUGCAAAUAUGACAGACCCUGAAGGACGCGUGUAUCUAACGUCAAAAGCUUUCUGUACAAAACACCAAUCAGAAGAAAUUACAUUUUUCUGCAUUCAGUGCCAGCAAUCUAUAUGCUUGAAAUGUCGUCUGACAGUGCACGAAAAUCAUCUAACGGAAGAUUUAGCCGACAGUGCUACGAAAACGAGGCAAGUUUUGAAAAAUACUCUGAAAGACGCAGAACACACAGCGACAGCACUCCAUAAUCAGUAUAAUGAUUACAAAAAUUAUAGCAAAAACAUUGCCAUUAUGAAAGGUCAGGUUUUGGCAAAUCUUGUAACGCAGACGCAGAGGCUUCAUAAACACAUCGAUGAAAUGUCGGUUCGGUUGUCUUACUUCGUCGAAGAGGAAACCUAUUCCGAACAACAUUACAUCGAAUCAAGGACCCGAGAACUUGAAAAUGCCAUUACAUCCUGCAAAGCGCGGAUUCGGGCGGCAAAUCAAAUAGUUGAAUGUGGAUCAGAUGUUGAGAUAGUCCAAGCUACUGGCAAGUUAAAUGCCCGUAUGCAGAGAAUAAUUAACCCGUCUGUGACAUUCAUCAAACCAAAUAGACUGGAGAUUGAUUAUAUUCCGAGUGUCGUCGUUGACGAAGACUUGGAGGGACUAUUUGGCAUGUUAAAUAGUAGAGUACAAUCACCGGACUAUAUUCGGACUGAGGAAGUAAUAUCAUUCCGCCUAUCAGACGGUGACGAUGUUGUUAAUUGUAUUUGCCCGACUUCUAAUGGAGAAGCUUGGGUCACCAUUGGCUGGACCUCAGAGAUAAGGCUGAUUAACAGAACCGGUGUAACAAUUAAGUCAUGUUUUAUAAGUUCCGAUAUAGAUUUCAUUGCACGUGACAAGAACGAGCUAUUAUACGUCUCGUGCCGAGCCGAAAAAUGCAUUCGGAAAAUUAAUCAAGAAAUGGAAAUAGUGGAAUCUAUUGUUUUUGAUGGAUUUCCACGAGGUCUUGCAAUAACUACGACAGGAAGUUUACUUGUUUGUUUACCGAAAUCGAAGACAUAUUUCGAGUACUCUCCUGCGCAUGUCAACAUAGUGAGACAGAUAAACCCGGAUACAGCUGACGCAAUCAAUUACGGCGAAUCAGGUGAUUUGUUCGUUUAUCCAAUUAGAGUAGCUAUGAAUCACUACGGUGACAUAUGCGUGUCCGAUAAUCUUCGUCACAGUGUCACCAUAUUUGAAAAGAGCGGGAAAAUAAACUCCAUCUAUUAUGGACAAAAGUCAACAGACGAUCUGGGAAGGGAAUCAGCACAAAACACAGGUAGAUCGCAACUGCGUGUUUCUAGAAACAAUGGUAACGAAGAAGUUAUAUCCGCGAGGGGUUCCGAUGACGAUUUCGAAGAGCCAAUUAUAUCUGCUCGAUCAGGCAGGUCAUCAAAAGGAACACCGAUUGCAAGAGCUAUACCAGACCCUGAAACUGAAAUGAGCCCUUUUGAUCCCAGAGGAAUAGCAUGUGACCGAUUUGGGCACGUUCUCGUUGCGGACUAUAACAGUAAUUCUGUACAUCUAUUGGACCAUUCUGGACGAUUUCUUCGACUACUACUGACAGAUGCAGAUGGAAUGUUUGGACCAACAUCCAUAGCUAUAGAUGAAGAUGGAUUUCUUUGGAUCGGAGGAGGAAAUGCCACGGUUCAUGUUUACAGAUACAUUAAAGCAGACGAAACAAAGAAGGAACCAAUGCAGAGAAAAUGAACUACUUAGUUUACUUUACUAAAAUUCUAAUUAAAUGUAUAUGAGAAUUUUUUUAAUAUGCAAUUUGGAGUGUAGGAGUUACGGUAGAUGGACCAUUUUGAAA